ACGCCACUGCUGUCAGAUGAGGAGCUGAUGGGGCUGUCGGUGCGGGAGCUCAACCACCACCUGCGGGGCCUCUCCAAGGAGGAGGUGGCGAGGCUGAAGCAGCGCCGGCGGACGCUGAAGAACCGGGGUUAUGCCGCCAGCUGCCGGGUGAAGCGCGUGUGCCAGAAGGAAGAGCUGCAGAAGCAGAAGAUGGAGCUGGAGUGGGAGGUGGACAAGCUGGCCCGGGAGAAUGCUGCCAUGCGCCUAGAGCUCGACACACUCCGCGGCAAGUACGAGGCCCUGCAGGGCUUUGCCCGCACUGUGGCUGCCCAUGGUCCCCCUGCCAAGGUGGCCACUGCCAGCGUCAUCACCAUCGUCAAGUCCGGUGCCAACCAGGCCGCCUACUCCUAG